CGCGGCCGCCCACGAGGACCACGAGUGCUGCGAGCGCGUGGUCAUCAACAUCUCGGGGCUGCGCUUCGAGACGCAGCUCAAGACGCUGGCGCAGUUCCCGCACACGCUGCUGGGCAACCCGCGGAAGCGCAUGCGCUACUUCGACCCCCUGCGCAACGAGUACUUCUUCGACCGCAACCGGCCCAGCUUCGACGCCAUCCUCUACUACUACCAGUCGGGCGGCCGCCUGCGCCGGCCGGUCAACGUGCCCCUGGACAUGUUCUCCGAGGAGAUCAAGUUCUACGAGCUGGGCGAGGAGGCCAUGGAGAAGUUCCGCGAGGACGAGGGCUUCAUCAAGGAGGAGGCGCGCCCGCUGCCCGAGAAGGAGUACCAGCGCCAGGUGUGGCUGCUCUUCGAGUACCCCGAGAGCUCGGGCCCCGCGCGGGUCAUCGCCAUCGUCUCGGUCCUGGUCAUCCUCAUCUCCAUCGUCAUCUUCUGCCUGGAGACGCUGCCCGAGCUGAAGGACGAGAAGGCCUUGGCGGGCGCCGCGCGCCGCGCCGACAACGCCACGCUGGUCGACGGCUCCCCCAUCUUCACGGACCCCUUCUUCAUCGUGGAGACCCUGUGCAUCAUCUGGUUCUCCUUCGAGCUGGUGGUGCGCUUCUUCGCCUGCCCCAGCAAGGCGGACUUCUUCAGAAACAUCAUGAACUUCAUCGACAUCGUGGCCAUCAUCCCCUACUUCAUCACGCUGGGCACCGAGGUCGCCGAGCAGGAGGGGAACCAGAAGGGCGAGCAGGCCACGUCGCUGGCCAUCCUCAGGGUCAUCCGCUUGGUCAGGGUUUUCAGGAUCUUCAAGCUCUCCCGCCACUCCAAGGGCCUCCAGAUCCUGGGCCAGACCCUCAAGGCUAGCAUGAGGGAGCUAGGGUUGCUCAUCUUCUUCCUCUUCAUCGGGGUCAUCCUGUUUUCUAGCGCAGUGUACUUUGCCGAGGCGGAAGAAGCUGAGUCUCACUUCUCCAGCAUCCCCGAUGCUUUCUGGUGGGCGGUGGUGUCCAUGACCACCGUGGGAUACGGUGACAUGUACCCUGUGACAAUUGGAGGCAAGAUCGUGGGCUCCUUGUGUGCCAUCGCUGGUGUGCUGACAAUUGCCCUGCCCGUACCUGUCAUCGUGUCCAAUUUCAACUAUUUCUACCACCGGGAGACGGAGGGGGAAGAGCAGGCUCAGCUACUCCACGUCAGCUCCCCUAACUUAGCCUCUGACAGUGACCUCAGCCGCCGCAGCUCCUCCACUCUCAGCAAGUCCGAGUACAUGGAGAUCGAAGAGGAUGUCAAUAACAGCAUAGCCCACUAUAGGCAGGCCAACAUCCGAACUGGCAACUGCACCACCGCUAACCAAAACUGCAUUAAUAAGAGCAAGCUGCUGACCGAUGUCUAAGCUCAGUCCAGCAGGCAGGCGAAAAAGCCCCACUUAGCAGCUCAAAAGACUUAAGCAAAAACCCUAGUGGCUCCGGUCCCCCUUUGUAGAUACUUUCCUAAAUAGUCUUUGAACGCCCUACGUCACUGUCAAUGCAUUGUUGCAUUGUGGCCUUUGGGGGGGAAGGGGGGGUGACGAACCAGAAGCUUUCAAGAUCCGUGAGAAAAAGAAACUAUUUUCAUUUUAUUUACAAAAUGAGAAAAGGGAGAGUAUUUUCUAAAACGGGCUUUAAAAAAUUCAGUCCAUGUACUGGCCACUCUAGGUAAAAUAAGAAUCGUACACCUGCCCCUACUGAAACAUUUUUAAUCCUUUGGCUUCUUUGACCUUUUUUUUUUCCCAAUUAUGAACCAGAUCACUUAGAAAUAUAAAAGUAAAAUGUGCACGGGGCGCCAAUGCAAAAUCUUUGCAAACUGUACAGCACAUUUAAGACACUGCAUCGGAUGUAUCAUAUGUAACAUGAUAUAUACCGGCCAGGAUGGGCAGUAAAAGACAUUUUUGUUUUGAUCAAACUGCAUAUUAUGAGGUGAAAACAAACAAACAACAAAACUACUUAAGAUAAAUCUGAUCCCGGUCCUGAUCUGUAGGGAGGGAUUUCACCCCACCCCAUUCUUCAGACAAUUCUCUGAGAAAAAGAUAGCUGAAAUAAGUUCACUGAUUCAUCUGCAGUGCUGCUAAGUUUUCUCAACUGUAGACGAGUCAAAUACAGGUCUCUUUCACCAGACCUGCACGCUGACCCCUGGCCUUCAGAACUGGAAGUUAAACCUUAGCCUCCUUAUUGCAAGAGAGCACAAAUGGAGUUAAAUGUAAGCAUGUUUGAAUCUGAUGACAUUUAUUUUAUAAUCGCAUGCUGAGAACGUUAACCCAGACAAUAGGGGAUAAGCUUACGUUGAAAUCGACUCUUCUAAAAAUAGAUUCUUUUUCAUUUGCAUUCACCAAAAGUGCACUCCUCCAUUUAUUAACUAUUUUAUUAGUAAAUAAAGUACUGUAUUUAAGUGCAUAUGUUAGUCAGAUGGGAACAAUAACUUUUUGGAGCUCCAAGCAUGUUCUCUUAUUCAGCAUUAUGGCCUAUUUGACUAAGAUGUACCUUGAAUUAAUUAAUGCAUGAUUUCCAUAAUAAAACUUUUUAAAAAUGAUAAAAAUCACAAGUCUGUGGGAUGAAAGGCCCAACAGAAAUAAUGGGGGGUGGGGGAGGGGGACACUCAGUCAUUUUUCCUGCCUUUGCUCAGGGAAAUGUCAGGUUUCUGUGCAGGUAUAGGGAGAGAGAGGACCAAUAUGCCCAUCCCUUAAAGGGAAGCUAUGUGAAAAACUAAAUAAGUCAUCAAGGUAUAUAUAGCAACACCUAAGAACAAGUAUCCUUUCUAGCUGAAGAUAAACACAAGCAAAACAAACAAACAAAAAAAAGGUGCAAUACUGCAUGUUUUUUGGUGCAUUCUUAGGAUGUAAAUGAAAAUGUUUAUCUAGUAUAUGCAUCCAAAGCAGAGCUGAUUUUUUUUUUUUUUUUUUUUUGGUUUGGUUUUUGCAACCAUGAUUUGAAGUCUGUAGAGACUUUGGCCCUCCCCUUGAGGCUCCCCAAAUAUACUCAACCAAUUGAUUUAAUAGUUGCUUAGUGCCUUUAUCCUGUACCCACAGUGAACUGCAGAAAGUGCCUCUGUCACACAGCUGAGAAGUUAGGUAACAAAAGGGGGGAAGGGUUGGGGCACAGAUAUUUUGCUUUUGCUUUUUCCAUCCUUGCCAUCUCAUUUCACCACUGUGAGAAGACCACACCACACCACCCUACCCCCUGGAGAGGAGCGAUCCAGGUGGGUGCUGUCUCUCUGGCCAUCCACUGGACUUGGUCCCUUUGACGGCCCGAUGUUGGAUGUGAACUGAGACCCGUCUUUGAACUGGACGUGAACUGUGAACUUAUCUUUUCCUCUUCUCUACCAGAAGCCAAGAUCUAAACUUUUUUGGGAAUUUGUUUCCUAUCAGGGGCCGCUCUGGACAUGCAAGGCUUCCUCUGGUCCAGUGAAGAGUUCCCGGCACGUUUCCUUAUUCUUUCUCUGUUAGCGGCAGCACUUUGCAAACCUCUCUGAAAGUCUCAUCUUUUCAAGCAACGCUGUGGAUGUGGGAACACUCCGUUUCAUAAUAACCUUUCCCAGGCCUCCCCUCCUGGCCCAUCCCUUUCCGAUAUUUCCCGUGAUGCUCCCGUGAUCUGCCCACCUGGCAGUCCCUUCACUGGCUGAGCCUCUGACUUCUGCUGCCCUAGUCACCCAGCCCAGAGAACAGUGGGGACCCUGUGUCCGCCUGAAAGAGAGCCACGGGACACGGGCCUCUGGAGCCCGGCAGCUGUCCACCCGUGAAGAGGCACUCACAGCCUUCAUAAGGACCCUGAAAUGGGGAAUCUUCUUUCUGCACUUAGCAUGUGGCCGCCUGCUGCUGACCACCUGACCUUCCUGCCCGGCUCCUUCCAGAAAUCUACAUUGUUACUUUCAUCCUUUUCUCCCGUCCUCUCCUAGAACUAGCAGUGAGGCAGUCAACCCAGAAACUCGAGUGACACCCAGGCCGGUGAACUUGAGUGAAGAAAGAACAUGGGUAUCUCAUUUUUCCAUGGGAUGUCUGAGUCCGCGAGGCCACCGCAACACCCAUCGUGGAAGACGAGGGGCCGAGAACUGCGCAGCAUCUGACCACAGGGCAUUAAACCCUCCCGUGUGAUGUCUCUUUCCCGUCCGAACCUUAACUCAUCCUGGCGAUUCUUCUCCUACUUGCUUGAACGUCUCCAGUUUGGAAAAAAAAAAAAAGCCAACCUCUCCCCAGUCCUUGGGGAAUAUCUAGAUCUUUUAUUUCGACUCUGAGGUCUAGGACACACAGAACUCAAAACGCUGCACUCUGUCAACAGCAAUAAUCCACUCGGUACUGUGGGACGGAUGGGUUAGAAGAUGCGGAAACGGGGCGAAGGCUGACUUUGGCUACUUGGCAUACUUCUCGCAGUUAUACCCCGAACUGGUUGAUUCUUCUGCAUGUGUUAUAGGGGAAAGUGUUGCAUGCGGGGAACCUAUCAGCCUGGGACGGGAGACGAGGGAUUGCUAUGCCUUUGGGGUGGUGUGAUGACAAUGAAUGCUGCUUAGCCCAUCUGUAGCUCAUUGCAAUGAAUCCGGUAGGAAUGCAGUCCAGGGAUUACCUGUGUAGCAUAGGCAUGCGACGUUUGACCAAGCUCUUACCCUCGCACUGUAAUGUGCUGAAAUGUCUUUGUAGACCUGAAGGUGCACUUAACAGAACUGCCUAUUAAGGGACGACUAAUCUUUUGGUUUACCUAUUCAAAUUUAUUUUAUUUUACCCGGCUUUUUGCCUUUUCUUCCCCUUCCUGGGCACUGGAUAUGUGUUUUCUCUGGAAGGAGAAGACUUCUGAUGUGCUGAUAGCCAUAGCCCAGCUCUUCCGGUGCAUGGGUGCCCUAGUUCAAUAGGGUGGCAGUGGAAGGGCUGGGUCACACCGGGGCUGUUAGCCAUCCCAGAGUCUCUGAAGGGGUUAACUCACCUGAAGUGAUCUGAAUCAGAGAGACCAAAGACAUUCUUUUCCUCUGUCCUCAGAUUUAUAGGAGACAGAUUGUAGCCAGGAGAGGUUUCUGGUUUUGCAUCUCUUCUUCCCUGUUAUGCACAAUUCUCCUCACUCCCCCUUGAGACUUGAGCUCUGAUGAUCAGUGAAAUCCGUUCGUUGGGAGUGGGCUAGCCUAGUAGAAUGAUAAACCGAUAUAGCAAAUCCUUCUCCGGGACUAUGGCCCGCGGGCAGUCAUUCCCCUCAAAUGGGAUCGUACGGAAGGGUUGGAUUCCCCUCUGGUGGGACUUGAGCACAGGGGGCAUCAUAGUCUUGAUUCACUUGAGAAUUUUUUUUAAAAGAUACAUGUAAACGAUAAAUUAGGAAUACGUUUCUUUAAGCAGAAGUUCAGCAUAGUCCGUAAAGGGCCGCCUUCACAUUGUGUGUAGUUACAAAAUUUUCAAAUUAGUUACCACCUAAAAGUCAGUAAAAAUAGUCUUCUAACCCUCCUAUUUUAUAUAGGAGACCUCAAAACACAUGCUUUUAAAAAUAAUUUUUAAAUUAUGAUUCCUUGUUUGGUAGAUAGGGUUGAACAGAAAGGAGGAAGAGAACAUUAGCAGAAGGCACUUUCCCAUUUUCUUCCAGGAAUGACUUAUUCCUGGGAGUGGUGAGAAUUGGUGGGUGGUAACCAUCCAUAGUAUACAAUUGUUAGAAAGAAUAUAAACUGCCAAGCCACCAUGGUGUCCUCCAGCUUUCUCAAGCAAAAAUGGAGUCUUUCGAUGUUUAUGUUCAUUAAAAUUAACAAACUAGAAUUUGAGACCGGACAUAUCCCAAGUUGAAUUGUGAUCUCAGGUGGUAACUUCUCAUGAACUCUGCGACGUAUUAGUUCUUGUACUUAUAUCAUGGAAUUUCAGGGUAUAUGUGAACAUGUCUAGCAUGACUCAGGUAAAUCUUAAAAGAAUGUACCUUACUUAAUCAUUUUUGUAAAGAAACAGUCAGGAGCUGAAUCGUUAACCAAAACUGUUCCAUGACCUUGGGUCACUGUGCAAACUCAUUCAGGGUAUAGAUGUCACGUUUAGAAGCCUUGGGAUCACAUACCGGUCUCUUUGCUCAGGCAAAACAACCACGGGCUUCCUUGGGAAGUCCAGUGUGUGCGUAAGGGCUGAGGCCCUGCUGAUCUCAGGGCCAUUAGAUUUAAGGAGAUUAACCCUAGUCACAGUGAUUCUCUUUUAGGAGCUAACCAGGAGUUUACUUUUUACGAUGUGAGACUUCAGAGCGUAUGGAAAAGUUUUGUACCACAAUCAGAGAAGAAGAGUAAAUGGUGUAGGGAAGGAAAACCAAACCAAACAAGAAAUUCCUUGUUAAAUAUUCCAGGUCAAAAGUUGUCUCCUCUCCAAAACUUGCAGAAGCACCUUUCUUCUCUCCAGUGUACUGUUUGGGGACUGUGGAUGCAACAGCUAGAAGUAGACGUCAUGGACUGUGUGUGUGACAUACCUCUUAUAUGACAGAGAAAGUAUUACUGAAGUUAAAAAUAAAAAUUGAGUAGUAUUGAUGUAAAGUGCACCAUCAGGGCAACAAACCAUUGAAGCUGAAAAAGCACCGUUUUAUUUCUUGAGUUUGCCAGUUGCUUACGCCUUGAGUUAAGGACGUGUCUCAUCUUCACCACCUGUGCAUUUCCCCUUCUCUCACUGUUCCAUAUGUCAGGUCGAGGACAUUGAAUGUUAUGAAUUGAGAACCUAAUUGAUGCGCAUAGUUUUCAUCUAUGCAAUUUUACUUGCUUCUGUCACUUUAUGAUCUGUUCAUAUUUGGCAUCAAUUAAAGAUAAUUUUUAAGGAUCUUAUCAAGGAA